UCAACAGUGUAUUAAGUGUAAUACAUUUCGUUUCACAGUCGUCAUGCACUACAAGACAGUAAUGUUUAUUUGUCUAAUAACUAUGCUUUUAGCAUUUGCCAAUUCAAAGAGUAUCCUUACGUCAUUACUUCAGCCUAUAAGGCAUGAACACCGUUUUAGCUACGUAGAAGUGAAUAUUAACCGUUCUUUUGGAGAAGCAAAAAUCAGCUAUAACCAAUAUAACGACGUCCAGUACACAAACUACCAUUAUAUAAUAAAUGAUUCGUUGUACUUAGGUCGAGUUAAUAUCGAAAUAAUAAUGUGCAAAGAAUAUUUUAUUGAUUGCUCUAAUCUUAGAACGUUCGAUCUCAUGAAUAUCUGUGAAAACUUACCGGCGAUAAAUUACUUUUUAUCGAUAGGAUAUCAGAAUCGUGAAAUUACGUCAUGUCCACUCCAUCACUUGCUAAAUCAAAGGAUAUCCUUACAUUACUUCAGCCUAUACGGCAUGAACAUCGUUUUAGCUACAUAG